AUGCACAUUAUCGAGUUUCCCGUCGUUCCGUGCACCACUCCCAUCUACAAUGGCUUCAAUCACGACGGCGUUGUCGACAUUCAUGGUGAACUUCUACAAGGACCACAAAACGGAUUCGUCGUUGAAUUUCCGUCUCGUGAGGGAAUAGCCUUCCACGUGUCGAUACGUGCAGGCUACGGCAGUGAAAAUGUCGUAGUUCUUAACAAUAUGAGGAGUGGAGGAUGGCAGAUGGAACAACGUCAGAGCAACGUUUUCCAUUUCGGUCACCAUUUUCACCUGCAAAUUAAAUGUCAUUCUUCGCAUUUCGCGAUUUACGUAAAUGGUCAACAUUUUGCUCAUUUCAAUCAUCGUGAAGAUCCAUUUCACAUAACUGGCCUUACCAUUCGAGGAGAUGUAAGAGUAGAGAAAAUACACUUUGAACACUUUUCCGGCAUGAACGGCGGAGGUGUACAAGCCGGCACAACGUUUAUGACAUCUGGGCCAAAUGUGGUCAUGGCACCAGCUCCUGCUCCUACUGUGGUGAUAGAGCAACGACCAGCACCCUUGGUCGAAGUCGUAGUACCACCCCGUCGACCAAUAAUUGAAGUUGUAGCUCCGAGAAGACCGAUUGUGGUCGUGGCACCACCAAGACGGCCAAUACUUCCACCGGUCGUUGUCGUGAAGGAAGGCCAUCAUCAUCACCACAACAAGCAUCACUGA